AUGACCAAGGCAACAGACGGGUAUUCCCUCUUGCCGGAUGAAGAUGAGCCAUAUAGGUCAUGCAAGUCAAAGAGGUUUAUCACCAAAGUGAUGUUCAUGUGUGCAGUAUGUAGACCAGUAUUUGGCGCCCGGAUGGGUAGACCAAAUUUGAUGGAACGUUGGGCCAAGUGGCCAGAUUGGGCAAGCAAAGAAAUUUACAUCCAGCAAGACAAUGUCACACCCCACAUAAAUAGUGUGGAUCUUGAAUUUGAAGAUGUAGCAAAUUCAGAUGGAUUUAAAAUCCAACUGAUUUGUCAACUAGCCAAUUCACCUGACACCAACAUACUAGACCUAGACCUAGGGUUUUCCCGGGCUAUUCAAACACUGCAGCAUGAGAAACCAUGUUCUACUGUUGAUGAAUUGUUGGGAAAUGUGUGUAGCUCUUAUGAAGAGCUAUCACCACAGACCCUAAACAAGGUUUUCCUCUCAUUGCGGGCUUGCCUUACUCAGAUUUUGAUAUUCAGCGGUGGGAACAACUACAAAGUCCCUCACAUUAACAAAGAUAGGUUGAAAAGAACAGAGGGGUUGCCCAAUGCAUUAGAUGUGGAUGAGAAGCUUGUGAGAGAUGUGCUGGAGUACUUACAGCUACCAGAGAACAAUGCAGGUGGUGCAUAUGACAUUGGACCUUUGUCUACUGCUUUUGGCUUCUAG